AUCGAAUUAAAAUCGCGAUUGCUGCAGACCAAAAAAAAUUGACUGUGACAUUGAUCUCGCCCCCUUCAAAAAGGCAACCGCGGAACGUUUCUCUCCGACUGCCUUCGAAGGCGCUACUCCCGCGGUCCUUCUCGCCAUUGAGCAAGUCGAGCUCCAUCUCUCUGCUACUGCUUGGUCUUCUCUCACGAUGUGGCCUGUUUUCAUGCACCAGAACGCUCAGCUUGCAUUGUAUAUAAUCCUAUCAUUGGUAUCAUUUAAGGCUUAUGCGUAUCCGCAGCAACUUGGUACGAAUCCACGUGUCGCACUGUCGGAAAACACGGUGACAGCCGGCCUAUCAUCAACUCAAACCACUCCGACCACAGUGACUCCAACAGCGGCGGAAUUAUCCGGCUUACAAGACCUCAUGACUAAACUCGGUGAUCCUGUCUCCAAAAACACUCUUUUGAGCGCUCUAGCUCGUGCAGUUCAUCCGACAGCAAAUUCAUCCUCAACUCCGAAAGCAAUGCCAGACCAGUCACAGCUCGCUAGUACGCAGCUCACACAGCCUAUCUACCUUGACGGAAACCAAUCUCAGAACUCGACGCUAUUGACAAGCCCCAUCGAUUCCGCCGAUUCAAAGAGCACUGCGCACAGGAGAGUAUCGAGUCUUCCGGCCUGGAAGAUAACACAAUGCCUAAUGAGCGCCAUUUUGGGACUUUCUUUGAUAGGAAUCUAAUAAGGACUUUCCAACUAUCUUGCAUCACUGGUAUAUUGAGAUCGUUGCUCACACAUGAAAGCCUCGAUGAGUUAUCUUAUCGGCAACACCAAGAUCUCUUCAGAUACGCACACAACCAUCACAUACUGCACAAAAUUCCGCCAAAAUCAUCUUAUCAAGCAUUAAUCUUAUGGACUUUGAUAGAAUCCUAUAACUAUCAACUUGUUCAUCUUCUCAAGACUAGUGGUCUUACCCAUGAAAACAGGAUUUCAUGUUUCUACUUACUAUUUCUCGCAAAUCAGCAAACGUAAUCAAUUAUUUUUAGGACAUAAUGUCGAAGAAGUCAGUGAGGUACUAUUUUGUAAAUAUAUCAGUUCAUCUGCAUUGCUUUUUAUCCCUAUAUGUUCCUACAUGUGACCUCGAUCGAUUCACUGAUAAUUGUAAUGGCUAUAUGCGUCAUCGGGCUGUUUUUGUAUCUGUAUCACGCACUGGAUGCAAUUCUGUUGCACUGUAU